GCUGCAGAAUUCCAGCUGCCGAGGAAGCCUGGAGUGGCCGUGUUGAUUUAUUAGGGCACAGGAAUUUACUAAGGAGCUGGGAGUGAUGGAAGGGAUCCUGCCUGAUGCACCGUGAAGCCGCCUUGUUUCUUUUCACAGCAAUGCAAAGCAGGAAUUCCCCAAAGCAAGCUUGAGGCACACUCUUCAAUAAGAGAAAUGAAGGUGUCUCAACGUUGCCAAGAGUCCGCAUGGUGAGCACGAUGCGCCGGGGCUCGGCACGGGGCCGCCCAUGGACUGCUGCAGCCCGCCGGGCUCCGCCGCGCUCCUGAUCAUCUCGGCUCGUGCGGCCGGUGUGAUGCUGGGCGGCCUCUGGAUGCUGCUGCGGAACGAACCCACCUGACGAGCCGCGCCACCUCGCUUUAGCUGCACGAGUGGGUUCACCAGGCACGUGGUCUACUGGAAAGAAGUGUUUACCAUGCCUCUGGGAACGUUCCUCCUUCCUGUUCUCUGUUUCUUGGGAGCAGCAAUUCCACGGGGACUGCAGUACGUCACGUUCUCGCGCAACGCCACGAGAUUCCUCCACCUCUCUAUGGACUUGGAAUCCGGGACCAUUUACUUGGGGGCCACCAACUUUCUCUUCCAGCUGACAUCUGACCUGCUGAUGGAGAACGUGGUUCAGACUGGGCCAGUUCUGGACAGUAAGGAUUGCCUCCCCCCGGUCUCCAAGCUGGAGUGCCCUCAGGCACACCACACCGACAAUCACAACAAGCUGCUGCUGGUGAACGCCGUGCAGAAGGAGCUCAUUGUCUGUGGCAGCGUGCACCAGGGAAUCUGCGAGAAGAGAAGCCUCACAUCCAUCGACCACGUCCUCUUCCGACCGGAGAGCCCUGGUGACACUCAGUAUGUUGCUGCCAACGAUCCCAACAUCACCACUGUGGGACUCAUUGCCUACUCGAAGGAUGAGGUCCCCUUGCUGUUUGUGGGACGAGGCUACACUAGCCGAGGAGUUGGAGGAGGGAUUCCUCCCAUCACCACCCGAAAUCUCAGGGCCCAUGGAGGGGAUGUUCAAGCAACAGACUCUCACUCCAUUUUCUCCUAUGAAGAAACAGCAAAACUGGCUGUGGGCCGGCUCUCGGAGUACAACCACCAUUUCAUUAAAUCCUUCACUUACCGCUCAAGCGUUUAUUUCCUAUUCUACCGUCGGGAUCUCAAAUCUCAGUCACGUGAGUACAAGACCUACAUCUCACGAAUCUGCCUAGAUGACUCUCACUAUUAUUCAUAUGUGGAGUUACCGCUGCUCUGCCAGAGCAAAACCAACACGUACAGCCUCCUCCAAGCGGCCUAUGUCACCCGCCCGGGACAAGACCUGGCCCGGGGGCAGCUGGACACCGAGGGAGAAGUGCUGUUCGCAUCCUUCUCUGCCUGGCAGGCUUCCUCUAGCAAACUGAGCGAGGAGUCUGCCCUCUGCGUCUACGCAAUGGAGGAGGUGGAUCGCCUGACCAACUGGACUAGGGACGUUUGCUACAUGAGAGACGGGAAGUCAGAAGACGGGACAGAAGUGGCGUAUAUCGAAUACGAUGUCAGUUCCAACUGUGUCCAGCUGCCAGCGGACACCCUGUACGCAUACCCCUGUGGCUCUGACCACACUCCCAGCCCCAUGGCCAGCCGGGUGCCCUUGGAAGCCACCCCCCUCCUGGAGAAAACAGAGGCCCGGCUGACAGCUGUGGCCGUGCACGUGGAAGAUGGGCACACCAUUGCUUUUCUGGGAGACAGCAGAGGGAGACUGCACAAGGUGUACCUGGGAGCAAUGGGAGAUGCGCAUGUAUACGCUUCUUUACCUAUCCAGUUAAACAGCAUGGUGAGUGGAGACCUGCUGUUUGACCAGACGCAGGAGCACCUCUUUGUCAUGACCCAGUCAAUGGUGGCAAAGGUUCCCAUACUGGAAUGUUCCCUGUACUCGGACUGUGAAUCCUGUCUGGCACUGAAGGAUCCCUACUGUGGCUGGUGUGUCCUUCGGGGACGGUGCAGCCGCCGCUCCGAGUGCUUGCGGUCCAGGUUGAGUGAGCAGUGGCUCUGGAGCUUUAACUCUACCCAGCAGUGUCUGUCCGUCCAGUCACUGGCUCCAGCCAAUAUCAGCAGAGAGGAAAAGAGAAAUGUAUUUCUGGCUAUCUCGGAUUUACCUUCUCUGCGUGAGGAAGAAUUCUACUCAUGUUACUUUGAAGAUUAUGAAAGCCCAGCAGUUCUGACAGAGUCAGGAAUCAUGUGUCCUUCUCCAGAUCCCAGCCAAGCACCAGCUCUGCCAACAGGAGCAGAUCAUGUCACCAUAAAGCUCGUAGUGCGUUUCCAUGACAUCUUCAUUGCUUCCGUGGACUUCUCUUUCUAUGACUGUGCUGCAGUGGCCCUGCUGUGGAAAUCGGCACCGUGCCAGAAGUGUGUGAGCAGUCUCUGGGGAUGUAACUGGUGCAUCCAGCAGCACCUCUGCACCCACAAGGCAGCCUGUGAGGAAGGAACCAUUAUCUACAACGAAAGGGCCCAGAUCCCAGCCUCCAGAGUGUUUCCUUCCUCAGCAGCUCCCCUCACCAAGUCCUCUACCACAGCCCCAACCGCAGCCACCAAACCCAUCACCCCCCUGGUGCGUGUGGUACCAAGCACCAUGCCCCCCACACAGCCCAGCCACAUCACCUUCUCCGCCGCCUCAGAUACGACAACCAAGCCUACAGAAACCCUCAGCUACACAUACUUGACGCUCUCAACUGAAGCAGCCUCUCUCCAGGCUGUCACAGAACCACCCCUGCCACCACCAGCAGAUAAACCUGCUGUCACUGUGCCAGAGACAACUUCUCCCCCUGCAUUUGUCCUCACCAGCCCAUCCCAAAACGUGGAUCGUGCAGCCUUACCCACCGACGGACCGGCCACGGCCCAGGAGCCGCAGCACACCGAGCCCCCUACCACCCCGACUGGUGGUCCUCUGCACACAUCUGCCGCACCAGUAACACCUUUCCCUCCUGUCACCAGUUUCAAGUGGCCUCUGAGUUCUUUUCCUACCACAGAGGUGCUGACGUCUGCUGUCCCAUCUCCCCAAACCCCCAGCCAGGUGCCGGGGGGCCCCGCUGCCUCUGAUGAGUCUCCCAGGUUGCUGGGAACUGAACGAUCUGCUUCAGAGCUCCCACCAUCCCCUCCCCCAGACUGGCUGCUGGGGGAAGGCACCGAGCUCCAGGAUACGGAGGACUGGAUGGAUUUGCUGCAGGCUGAGAAUGACACAUCCCUCUUCUCUGCUUCUACUCUUCUGUCGGGUGAUGGUGAUUCUUCCGAGAGGGAUAUCCCUGACUUUCCCAGGAUCCUCCACCCUGACCUCGACUAUCAGUAUGAUGCCCUUGAGUUUUGGGAGGAGAACGAAGAGCUUAGUUGGGGUCCAGAUGCAUGUCCCUGUGUGCAGGCAAUCCAGGGAUCUUCUCUGUUUCCCGUCAACGUGGCGAGGAAGAUAACCCUGCUGGGAAAGAACUUCCACCUCUAUCAGGACCAGCACUGGGACUAUGAGUGUGUCCUGAGUUUGGAGGGGAGGACAGUGGUGAUGGAUGCUUAUGUGGAAGGAGAAGAAACAAACCAGUCCCUCUGUUAUAUCACCUGCCAGAUGAACCAGUACAGUUACACAGCGCCUCAACUCGAAUUCAACGCUGUGGUGUUCGUGCAGAGGCGGCGACACCUUCGAGUAGACAGUGCUGCAGAUCUUCACGUGACUUUUUACAACUGCUCGGUGGGACACGCUGAUUGUAGCCGCUGCCAAACAGCUGACUCAAAGUACAACUGUGUGUGGUGUGGAGGUGACAACCCCAGCUGUAUCUUCAGGGGUUCCUGCAAGGAGGAGAUAGAAGACCUGUGUCCAGCACCUCUCAUUCACUCUGUGUACCCCCUGUCUGGACCAGUGGAAGGUGGCACUAGAAUCACCAUCACUGGCUCAAACCUCGGGCAGAAACAUCAAGACAUUGCAGAAACUGUCACUGUUGCAGGAAUUCCCUGUGCCGUAGAUGCUCAAGAGUAUGAGAUCUCUAGCAGCAUCGUGUGCGUCACUGGCGGGAGCUGGACAGAGAGAUUUGGGCACAUUGUGGUGGAAGUACCUGGAGGAGGACGUGGAGUUUCGGGGCAUAUUUUCACCUAUCAGAACCCAGAGCUGAAAUCCAUUGUUCCGACUCAGGGCCCCAAAGCGGGAGGAACCUGCCUGACCCUUCUGGGCUCAAAGCUGCUGACUGGGCAUCCUAGUGAGAUCAGCGUCCUGCUUGGUGAUCUCCCCUGCCACAUCCUCUCUGAGAUGACGGAGGAUCAGCUGGCAUGCCAGACCAGUCCCAGCAAUGUGUCUGCAGAACUCCCAGUCACUAUCAAAUACGGGGACCAAGAGCGGAGACUGGAAGGGUCCCUCUUCAGAUACACUCUGGAUCCCAACAUCACUUUUGCAGAGCCACCUAAAAGCUUCCUCAGUGGAGGGAGAGUGCUCAGAGUUCAUGGAUACAACCUGGACGUUGUACAGAAACCAAAGAUCCGAGUUACGGUUUCUCCACCUGAACGCCGCCGUCGAGGACUGGGACGGUGGCGCAGGAUCAUCCCGGACACCGAGUGCCCUGAGGACACUCUGUGCAGCAUCCAGCAGUUUGAAGAACCAUGUCUUGUUAACUCCUCCUACCUGAUCCUGUGCAAAACUCCAGCCAUUAACAUGCUGUUGCGGAAUGUCCGUAUCAAACUGGAAUUUAUUCUGGAUAAUCUGAGCUUUGAUUUCAACUCCUUGCAUCCCAUGCCCUUCUCUUACGAAGUCAACCCCAUCCUAAAACCAUUGAAUGCUGAAGACCCUGCCAAACCCUAUCGUCACAAGCCAGGAAGCGUCAUCUCUGUGGAGGGGGAAAACCUAGAUCUGGCUAUUUCCAAGGAUGAGGUUAUGGCUAUGAUUGGAGAAGGAAUCUGUGUAGUGAAGACACUAACAAGAAACCAUCUGUACUGCGAGCCCCCCUCCGAGCAGCCGGCUCCGCGGCACCGCACCAAGCGGGAGGGCACGGACUUGCUCCCAGAGUUCACGGUGCAGAUGGGCAACCUGAACUUCCUCCUGGGCCGGGUGCAGUACGACACGGAAAGCCAGCUCACCUUCCCGCUGGAGGCACAGAUUGGUUUGGGUGUUGGCGCAUCCUUUGUGGCACUAAUUGUUCUGGUUAUCGUCUUCAUAUAUAGGAGGAAGAGCAAACAGGCCCUGAGGGAUUACAAGAAAGUUCAAAUCCAGCUGGAAAAUCUGGAAACGAGUGUUCGGGACAGAUGCAAAAAGGAAUUCACAGACUUGAUGACUGAGAUGAUGGACCUCACUAGUGACCUUGUGGGCACAGGAAUCCCCUUCUUGGACUACAAGUCCUAUGCAGAGCGCAUCUUUUUCCCGGGUCAUCGUGAGUCACCACUGCAAAGGGACCUGGACAUCCCUGAGUGCCGGCGGCAAACUGUGGAGCAGGGCUUGGUCCAGCUCUCCAACCUGCUCAACAGCAAGCUCUUCCUCACCAAGUUCAUCCACACUCUGGAAAUCCAGCGCACUUUCUCUCCGAGAGACCGGGCCUACGUGGCGUCAUUGCUCACGGUGUCACUGCACGGGAAGCUGGAGUACUUCACUGACAUCCUCAAAACACUCCUGAAUGACCUCGUGGAGCAGUAUGUGGCCAAGAACCCCAAGCUGAUGCUGCGGAGGACAGAAACCGUGGUGGAGAAGCUGUUAACCAACUGGAUGUCCAUCUGCCUGUACGCGUUCGUGAGGGAUUCUGUUGGGGAGCCCCUUUACAUGCUGUUUCGAGGAAUCAAGCACCAGGUAGACAAAGGGCCAGUCGACUGGGUGACAGGGAAAGCCAAAUAUACCCUGAAUGACAACCGCCUUUUGAGAGAGGACUUGGAGUACCGGACUCUGACCUUAAAUGCUUUGACCCAAGCAGGAGUGGCUGCAGGAGGGGCAGAGGACUCCCAGGGGAUUUCUGCUAAAGUGCUAGACUGUGACACCAUAACACAGGUGAAGGAGAAGAUCCUUGAUCAGAUCUACAAAGGGACGCCGUACUGUCACCGACCAGACCCAGACACCCUGGACCUCGAGUGGAGAUCAGGGCUGGCAGGUCAUCUGAUACUGUCUGAUGAGGAUGUGACAUCUGUUGUUCAAGGAACCUGGAAACGCCUGAACACUCUUCAGCAUUACAAGGUGCCUGAUGGAGCAACAGUAGCACUGGUCCCACGCCUGACCAAGCACAUCCACCGGGAGAAUCAGGAUUACAUCCCAGGAGAGAAAACACCCAUGCUGGAGGAUGCAGAUGAAGGUGGCAUCAAACUUUGGCACCUGGUAAAACCAACAGAAGAGCCAGAGCUUCCAAAGCAUCGACGUGGGAGCUUAAGAGAUCGGGAGCGAGCCAAGGCAAUCCCAGAGAUCUACCUGACACGUCUGCUCUCAAUGAAGGGCACCCUGCAGAAGUUUGUGGAUGACUUGUUCCAGGUGAUCCUCAGCACCAACCGCCCGGUUCCUCUGGCUGUCAAAUACUUCUUUGACCUGCUGGAUGAGCAGGCGCUACACUAUGGGAUUGCAGACCCCGAGACCAUCCACAUCUGGAAGACAAACAGCCUGCCCCUGCGGUUCUGGAUCAACAUCAUCAAGAAUCCCCAGUUUGUUUUUGAUGUGCAGACGUCAGAUAACGUAGAUGCUGUGCUCCUGGUCAUCGCGCAGACCUUCAUGGACUCCUGUACCAUAGCUGACCAUAAGUUAGGGCGGGACUCUCCGAUCAAUAAGCUACUCUAUGCCCGGGACAUUCCUCGCUACAAGCAGAUGGUGGAAAGGUAUUACGCAGACAUUCGUCAGACCAUCUCUGCCAGUGACCAGGAGAUGAAUUCUGCCCUGGCUGAGCUAUCACGGAAUUACUCAGGUGACCUCAAUUCCCUGGUGGCUCUACAUGAAUUGUACAAAUACAUCAAUAAGUACUAUGACCAGAUCAUUACUGCCUUGGAAGAAGAUCCAACGGCACAGAAGAUGCAGCUCGGAUACAGACUACAACAGAUCGCAGCAGCUGUGGAGAAUAAAGUGACGGAUUUGUGACAGGCGCAGACAGACUGCUCUCCCCUGGCUGAACGGGGACAGUGCUCGUCCCAGCGACACACAGGGUGUCCUGCUGCCAUUGGAACCUGACUCUCCGAGGAACCCGCGGGUGACAUGUGCAGGGAUGGCCAAGGCAGUACAAAGUACAAGCGUCCUUGCAUCUCAGAGAAUAUUUUAUACAGUUUUUUUUUUUUUCUUUUUAAAAGCAAAACAAAAACAAUAACACAACAAACUUGGGGUUUCCUCUGGCAGACAGUCAGGGAGACCACACAGCUCCUUCCUACGGAUGUUACAUGAAUGUGCCAAGUUUCCAAACACCGUUGUUGAAGAGCCAGGUGACACAGCCAAGCACUGGGCUUUGCACGGAUGCCCUUGCCAGUGCUGGGAGACUCCCCUGCUGCAGCCACUCACUUCAAUGGGGACCAGGACGCUUUCUCCAGGCUGACAGCUCUGCUGAACCUCUGUCCCCAGCUGGCCAGCACUCCUGCAGUGUCCCACCUGAGAAACUUCCCUGCAGCAAUGUCCCCGCUGGUCCUGGAUGUGGGAUGUAGAAAGGAGAGCAUCCAAUGGCGACGGUUUGUUGCUCCCCAUGGUCUGCGUGGCAUCUCCAUGGAUGUGAUGUGCUCACCAGCACAUGCUCUUGCCCGGGGGCCUGCUGUAAAGGGACAGCGGCCCCUCGCCCUUUCCCUCAGGACAAAUUAAGUGUGUGAGAGUCGCUGCCUGGCUCGUCUCUGUCUCCACUGACCCAGCUCGGGAUCCGUCUUCCCGGUUCCUCACGGUCAGAGGUUGCCCUGCUCUUUGGAAAAGCACAAAUGCCUUGUGCCACUUCCCCUCCCUCCGGUGUCUCACUGUUCUGCUGCUCUGAACUGGACUUGUAAAUACCCUCAGAAAGUUAAUGUAUUUAAAUGCUAAAGGAGAAUGUUUAAUUUUGUGGCUUUGAGACAAAGCUUUUCUUGGAGAAGUAUCUCUGUGCACUUCUACUGACAAACGUCUGUCAGCACUGGAGCAACAUUUUCUCCACUGCUUUGUCCACAGGGAUGACUCGUAAAUGUCUCUGUUGUCGUAACAGCAGCUCACUUUUCCCCGCAGCUCAGUUCCAGGCUUAGCUGUGUGCUCUUCAGUUAGGCUCGCCUUACACCUUACCGCCGUUUCGCUUCACAGACUCUCAUGUUGCACACGCAGAAGGGUUAUUUGUUGAGCUGUGAACUCGAGGAAGCCGGGAAGCACAACUGUGUUGUUCCCAAGGAGCAUCAGGUGUCCUGCAAACGGGGAUGGUUGGUGUCAGGGAGGAGAGGCUGGAGCAGGCACAAGCCCAGUGAGUCACCAGCUGUCCCUGGGCAGCUCCUUGCUGCUCCUUCCUCUGUUCCUAUGCCUUGUGCACAGAGUGCUCUGCCCUUCUGGGAGCAAAUUCCCAUUUAUAAGGGUGCCCUACUCAUUCUCACCCCCCUGCUGCUAAUUCCACGCUGAUGUCCUGCAUUGCCUGGGGCAGGUAGACACCUCUGAUGACUCUGUCACUUCCCCAAGGCCGUGAUUGUGUGGGACAGGAUGGAUGGGUCGGAGCUAGAACAGAGCAGGAUGCUGUCCCUACCUCUCUUUAUGUUGCAUAUAGCGGUAAUUCAGACCAGCCCUGUGGCUUUGUGUGAGUGCUGCACCAUUGCAAAACUGUUCCCUGGGCAGUAUAACACGCUAACGCUGGGCUCUCUUCUGCAAAGGCAGCUCUCUCCUGCGACCCUCUCAGCAGCGUUCCCAGGUACUCUGUGUGCCCAGAGUGCAGCAAACGUCCCUGUGCCAACUCCUGCUCCUGUCCUGCUCCACAGAGCUGUGAGCAAGCUGGCUGCUGCUGGGUGGAAAGGAGGACACAGAAUUUGCCUCUCUCCCCGAGGUGGGCACCGGUUUGGGUCUCGCUCCUACCUGCCCACCUGUUUCCACUAAACUUAUGGGAACUUAGCAUCUCUGAAACCUGUCUCAACCAAAUCUGAUUAAAUCAGCCCCACAAAAGCUAGGUGGAGGGGAGGACUGUCAGGUGGGAGAAAGCAGGUAGGAUGCACAUUAGUGAAGCCCGUUCCCUUAGAACUGCAGGAGGUGAUUCCCUGGUUUGCAGCAGGUUCAGGUGUCGUGGCAGGGCCGCGUUGUCCCCAUGUGCGUCGAUGGGUGGACGUUCUGCCCCAGGCACCACGGUGCAGUUUGUGGCCUCUGCAACUCGCUGAGCAUCUGCCAGGAGCCCCAGGCUCCCUGCUGGAUUUAGGGCUCUGCAGACUAUUAACGUCUGUUCCUGUUUUUUGUAGAAUUAUCUCUGCUCUUUCCCAGAACAGGGCGGCUUGGGGCUUAAUUCUGAAUCCAGCUCACAUCGGCAAAGGGAGGAGGACUUGGUGGCUCUCCUGGAAUCAUGACAAGAGCUGCCAAAGUGUCUGGCUUAGGUUGUUGGGUGAGGAGGCUCCAAGUCCUCUUUGCUUUUCAGCAGUGCUCCUGGAUGUCAGAAAUCGUCUUCUUUCUCUGAGUGUGUCUGUGAAAACCCACUUUUAUUAGAGCAAUAAUCAAGACUUGAAAAUAGAGCUAAAUGUAGGUGAUUGACUUAUUUAACACCAGGAGCUUGUCCUUGCGCAGCUGGCACAGUGAGGGUGGAAAGCUGGUGGUGCCCAUCACCUCCCAUCCGUCCGACCUCGGUGUUGUAGAGACCGACGUCGUCCUCCCCGCGGACACGCAGUGACAGCCCCUCGCUGGGAUUAACGGAGGUGUUCGGGCACGGCCCCUCUUCCCUCCGUCCAUGCCCCUCUCCUGUGGCAAAAUCCGUUACUACGACAGGGUUCUGUUGCUUUUUUAAAUUUGCACAAAACAGGUUUCGUUACGAAAAUUCCCUCUCGUAGGGAAGGAUUUAUUUAUUUAUUUCUCACGAUCCUUCCGAGUUUCUUCCAUUCUCUGCCUGAUUCCAUGACCAGCUUGUCAGAAACUCUGGAGACGGACGCUCCUUCUGAAGGAUGGAGAAUCCUCCCGGGAUGUUCCCUUUUUCUUACGGCGAGCACGUUCUGUGGGCACCGGCCGCAAGUGCCGCACGGCGACCGGUCCCGUCCCGCGGCACACGAGCGCGGUGGGGGAAUGUCACCGAUUUAAUCCUAUUCUCAGAAAGGGGAUGUUCUUGAACGGCAGGCGUGAGCGUUUAUUUAGUGCUGCAGUCAGAGAAAGAAACUUGCUUCCACCUGGUCUGGGCAAAACGCCGAGAACUGAUCAGUAUUAAGAUAAAUAUCCGUUAGUGUAUUUAAAUGUCUCUCCUGUUGGCACGACCGGGAGCAGCUGGCACCCAUGCCAUGUCGAUGUGAGAGCGCUUGCUCUCAUCUCUCUGGUGGCAAAUUUUGGGCUGUACCUGGAAGCCUUUUUUUUUUUUUGGUGGCAGAAAUGAUGGCUAAUUUUUUUAAUGAAAAGAGAGUUCUCAGAAGCUGCUGCCUCAGUGGAUGCCAUUUCUUUUUCAGGGGAUGCCCCGGUUGCAGUGAGAUGCUGCUUUUUUGGUGCCUUUCUUGUCGGGAUGAUUCUUUUUGUUUCCAGAACACCCAGCACGUUUGCUCCAAGAGACUUUCUCCUGAUCCCCUGUCCUGGUGACUCUGCCCUCUCCCAGCCCUGUGACUUGGUGUCUGUUACAGUAUGGCCUGACCUGCAUUCAUGCCCUGCCACACCUUGAGUUCUGCUCAGAGCACCCGAGGUACUGUCUUUCUCAAAUUGGAAUUAAUAAUUAAUAUAAAGAGCUUGAAAAAAAAUCGGAAUUUUGUUACAUAGUGUAAUAACUGUUUGUAGAUACUGUUCUGAGAUGUAGGAAUCUAUUGGUGAUAUAAGAGUUUUUGUCUGUAAAUAAUCAGUUUAGAGUCCAAAUGAUUUUAAUAAAGAGAAUUCUUACACGAUAAUUCAAUAAAUUUUAAUAUGCAA